UGUGACGACAUUCACAGUCGACGGGACAGCUGGUAACCGGGUUGCAGCUGAGCUACACACACCAGCAGACAUUAGAGGAGGAAGAGAUGGCCAGACAGAGUAACUCCAGUGUACUUAAUUCGGUGCUUCUGCUGGUACUAGCGCUGAGCUCGACAUCUGUCCAUGCUCAGGCUUCUUCUGAUGGGACAAAGACGGUGGAGUUCAACGUUAAACCGGGAGGAGUGGUGCACACUUUCACUGAGGGGGUUAAGGACUACGAAUGCUCAUUCACUUAUGCCUCACAAGGGGGAACCAAUGAGCAAUGGCUGAUGAGUGUGGGCCUGAGUGACGACGACAGACUGUUUUCUUGCUCAGUGUGGAGGCCUCAGGGGAAAUCAUACCUGUUUUUCACCCAGUUCAAAGCCGAGCUGAAGGGAACCAAAAUUGAAUAUGCCAACGCAUAUUCGCAGACAGCUGCAGCAGGAAAGAGUGACAUGCCUUUGAGGCCGGAGGAAUUUACCAUAGGAGAGUCAACAGUGACCCACAACGAUGGAAAGUUCAGCGCUCAACUCUCCAAACUGACCGCCAUUGGACGAACACGACACGAUGAGCUGUAAUUGGUCAGAAGUCUGACGCACGUUUUGGCUAAUCAGAGCACCUCGGUGAGCCCUGAAUCGUGUUUCAGCUCAGUAGUCGAUGAAGGAUGGAUUUCUUUCUGAGUGACAACAUCAACAAAAAAAAAAAAAAAAAAAUGAAGAAGGAUGAUACCAACAUUGCCUCGAGAGCAGCUUAUGAGUCAGUACAUUAAUUAUCUGGUGUUUUCUGACCACAGUGGAUUUAAACAGCUUGGGAUAAAAAGAAAAAGAAAAAUAACAGCGAAACAUCAGUUGCGUAUCGGGAUUUUUGUCCUAGUUAAAAUUCUGGCUGAAGAUAAAGUGCUUCCAUAAUUGUUUCUUAGUUUCUGAGCCUACAAGAUUUACAGGGAAUAACUCUCAUCUGAUCCACCGGGGAUGUAUGUGAAUGUAUAGAGGAUUGGUGUCAAGUGUAUAUAACAUAUUUAGACUAGGGAGGGAUUUAUCUAUCUUGUGUAAUCCUGAGAGGAAAAGUGAGUAAUCCUCAGUAUCGUCAUCGCACACAUAAACAACUAUAAUUUCCAGUCUUGUUCUGAUCCGAGAUGCCGUAGAGAGAAAUGCCUCUGUCCCCUCUCUCUUUUUUAUCUCUUCUAGAUAACUUUAAGCUCUGCAUUUGAUCUCCCAUCAGUCACGAUCAUAGAUUUUUUCGUUUGUUUGUUUUGAUCUUAUUUUUGGGUCUGAAGCUAUACGUUUAAUAGGGUAGAUAGCAGCUUCUUUACAUGAUACUAAGAGAACGAGAAGCAACAUGCACAGAAGAUUUCACCGUGUGACGACAUCAUUGUAGAUUCCCUAAAUCCUGAUCAUUGUAAUUCGACACAUGUAGCAGGUGACGCAGCAGAGGAUUCAGAUCUUAUCUUUUUUUCUUUCUUUUUUUUUUAACACGCGCUACUUUCCGACUCUAGAGUCCCUUGUUAACCCUUCUUGAACCCUUUCAUCUUCUCAGUGCCACAUGUGUGGAUCGCUGUGCAGGUUUCAGAGGGGCUUCGUUAUUACUGGCUGCCUUCAUCUGCCUCACACUGAUCCACACAAGUGUCCAGAGGAUGAGUUCUGGGGAUUCUUUUCAGAUUUGAGGAUUCUUUUGAUUUUAUCGUGGGGUUGCAUUAGUUGUCAUUUUUGUACCUUCUUUUGCUCUGGGUUCCAUUUCUCUCAUCUGUCUGGAGGUGAUCCUCUAGAUUUGAGGAAAUGCUCGGCAGGAACGUUUCCCCCUUCGUCACCGUGGAGGGUACUUCUGGAAAUAAUCACAUCCAGAUCCUGACCAGAUAGAAAAACAAACACACAACGUUACUUAUUUUGUACGUGCUUAUCUUUUUCUACCAUUGUUCUGAUUGAUGACGAAAUGUGAUGGGUGUUUCAAUAAAGACAUGUUGUCACUA